ACUCACAGUCUAUAGAGAAAAUCACUGAGAAUAUGUUAGUCUUUGCUACAUUGUCAUUUUCUUGAUACACUUUUGUGUACUGUCUCCCCCCUCAGGUUAGGUGGUAAGCAAGUUGCUGUAUGAUGUUAAAAAUAUAUUUACGGGCUAUAUAGUAUUCUCAUAUGCUAAAAAUGUCUGAAUCCAGCCCCUAUCUUGGAACAGUUUGCUUAUUUCAGCCUCCGUUAUAAGUAAUACCGUGGGGGGAAGCUUUCGUGUUUAAAAUCCUUGCAUUCCCGAUUCGUUUCCCCAGCUCAGUCUUCUAAGUAGGUUGAAAGGUAUGAACCUUUUUAAGGCAUUUAUACAUACUGCCAAACUGCCUUCUAGAAUCGUGCCAUUUUCUGUCCCAUCUAGCCGUUAGCAUCAGCCGCCUGCAUCCCUGUCCUCUUGCCCGGUGUUAAAAUAUUUACCAACGUCCUACAACUUUCGACUUAGGUGUAAUGGUUAGAAGGGUAGAUUUUGGUGUCAGGCAGACCUGGGAUCUUGUCCUUGUUUCUUUGUCCAGCCAACUAGGAACUUCCUCUCGGGGCUCUUUUGAAGAUUAAGUCAAGUAGUGAAAGCGCGUUAGAUCAGUGCCUGACACUUCUCGGCGCUCGUAAGUCAUAAAUAAGUAGGCGCUCCUACCCGCGGCGCGGAGCGUCCCCGUGCAGUCCAAUGAGGGGGCGGGGCGGAGCCGGGCGGCGGCGUCCAGUCACGAACCAGGGGCACGUCCCGCCCCCUCCCGGGUGCACGUCUUAAAAGGGCAAAGAAAGGGCGCCGGCACGUCCCCUCGGCGCCGGUCCUGACCCAUUCUGUUGGGGUUCCCCAGUUCUUCGAAGCGUCCGCGAGUGGAAGCGACGGGCAGCCCACCGUCCCGCGCCCCUACCCGGCCUCCUCCCCCGCGGUGGGCCCCGCAGACCGGCGCGGCCCCUUUAAGAGCCUCGCGGGUCGGCAGCCGGAGGUCGCGGUGUUCCCGGGGCGCCACGGGCCGCCCUCCACCUGCUCUCGGGCCGCGCUCCCCGCCAUGCAGGCCCUGCGGGCCAGCCUGACCCUGGCGCUGGGCGCGGGCCUGGGCGCGGCGGCCGAAAGCUGGCGGCGGCGGCGGGAGGACGCGCGGGUGGCGCCGGGGCUGCUGGGCCGGCUGCCCGUGUUGCCCGUGGCCGCGGCGGCCGAACUGCCCGCCGUGCCCGCGAAGCCUGGGGCCCCGGCGGGCGCCGGCGAGCUGGCCAAGUACGGGCUGCCGGGGCUGGCGCAGCUCAAGAGCCGCGAGUCGUACGUGCUGUGCUACGACCCGCGCACCCGCGGCGCGCUCUGGGUGGUCGAGCAGCUGCGGCCCGAGCGGCUCCGCGGCGACGGCGACCGCCGCUCGUGCGACUUCCGCGAGGACGACUCCGUGCACGCGUACCACCGCGCCACCAACGCCGACUACCGCGGCAGUGGCUUCGACCGCGGCCACCUCGCCGCCGCCGCCAACCACCGCUGGAGCCAGAAGGCCGUGGAGGACACCUUCUACCUGAGUAACGUCGCGCCCCAGGUGCCCCAUCUCAACCAGAACGCCUGGAACAACCUGGAGAAGUACAGCCGCAGCCUGACUCGCACCUACCAAAAUGUCUAUGUAUGCACGGGGCCGCUCUUCCUGCCCAGGACGGAGGCCGACGGCAAGUCCUAUGUGAAGUACCAGGUCAUCGGCAAGAACCACGUGGCGGUGCCCACCCACUUCUUCAAGGUGCUGAUCCUGGAGGCAGCAGGCGGGCAAAUCGAACUCCACUCCUACGUGAUGCCCAACGCUCCUGUGGACGAGGCGGUCCCGCUGGAGCGCUUCCUGGUGCCCAUCGAGAGCAUCGAGCGGGCCUCGGGGCUGCUCUUUGUGCCAAAUAUUCUGGCGCGGGCAGGGAGCCUCAAGGCCAUCACUGCAGGCUCCAAGUGAAGGCCGUACCCUGCCGGACUGUGGGGGCUGGGUCGCAUUAAAGGUGGUGAUCUUUGGA